ACUGAACGCCGCCCAUCUCCUGCUGGAGAGGAUGGGUGUGGCUGUACAGUGUCAAAUUACACUGAAAUUACAGACCUGCUCAACAGGCCCGUCUCCCACUCCCUCUGCACCUUCAUUGGUUGAGAACCAGCAGCUUCAUUGUACCAGCCUGUUUCCUGCAGGCAAAUACUUUGUCAAAGAGGAAAUGACAUCACAGCAACCAGACCUGCCACCAAAAAAGUGAAAACAGAUGAGCAGCAAACGCCUCUCAGAUGUAUUUUGACUUCGAGCAGCACACAGUUCAGCCUCUGUUGUAAAAACAGCUUAAAACAGCUUUUAGAACGGCAGUGAGAAGUAUGUCUGCUGGACACAGAGAGACUCCGCCAGACACUGCAUGUCAAAACAGAACUUCUGUUUUUUUCUCCAACCCUUUGAUGAGUGAUACUGAAUCAGAUUGGUCUCCAAUUCACGAUGCUGCCUUUAAUGGACGUGUCCUCGCUCUGCAGAGACUCAUUGCACAGGGUAUGUGUGUGAAUCUGAACACUCUGGACCAGGUCUCCCCCCUCCAUGGAGCAUGUUUGCAAGGCCACACAGCGUGCGCCAAGCUUUUGAUGGAAAAUGGGGCAAAUGUUAAUGGUUCAACAGUGGAUGGACAGACUCCCCUAUCAGAAGCCUGCGCUCGGGGUCAUGUGACCUGCGUAACCCUGCUCCUUCAGCAUGGAGCCAGUCCUCUGGGGACCAGCCUGACCAGCUCUCCAAUCCACAGGGCUGCGGCCAAAGGUCACAUAGAGUGCAUCGAGCCUCUUGUUCAGCAUGGUGCAGAUGUGGAUCAGUUUAUCGACCAAUCAGGGUUCCCUCUCCACGUUGCCUGCUCCAAUCAGCAUCUGAGUUAUGUGAGGAAACUGCUUCAACUUGGUGCCAGAGUGAACAGCAGCGUGUCCGGAGAGUCUCCUCUGCACAUCGCCGCCCGCCUCUCCAGCCCUGAGCUGGUGUCUGUCCUGCUGGACCACGGGGGGGAUCUAUCCCUCCGGAACUCUGAGGGCAAACAGCCGCUGGACCUUGCCCCCCCCAGCAGCCUGGUGGAGAGGCUGCUGAGACAGGCAGGAGGAGCCUCUCCUCUCAUGCAGCUGUGCCGGCAGAACAUCAGGAACACUAUGGGCAAGCAGAGACUGGGUAGGAUUCUCGACCUUCAGCUUCCCACAGAAGUGAAACAGUAUCUUCUCUACAAAUCAGACCCAGGGGGAGACCAAUUGCACUGAAUAAAUCAGACUCUGUGUCAGACUCGCAGCAUUUAACUUCUUGGUCAGUAGGGGGUGCAGUUGCAUAAUCUUGCAGUGAGGCGUUGUGGUUUUGUUAGUAAUUAACUCUAGUCUCCAGUGUGACCGGCCUCUGUAAACAAAUCGACUCUCAAGAUCAAUCUGGACUUUUAUCUGAGAACUUGGAGCAAGUUUUUAUCAUUAACUAUUCAUAUCCAUGAGGUCAUACAUAUUUAAAAUGAGAAUAUGGGCUCAUAAAGUCUAAUAAAUGUUGCAUUAUUAAUGUUAAAUAAAGGUUUCACAAACCGAAACAAUAUUAUUUUAAUUAGACAACCCUCUACAUUCAGCUUAUAUGCUUUUCUUUUGUUAUUUGAAACUGAAGAUCCUGUUUUUGAUGCUGCUGUUUUGGUUUUCUUUAGACAUAAAAACUAAACUAAACUUACUUUCAAAUGAAAUCCUGUAAAUGGUGUAUUGUAUAUCAUCCUUAUAGGGCAUUUAGGAACAUGUUUCCAGAGCAACUUUUUAAAAAAGCAUCUCAGUCGAUUUAAAGACAUCAUACAGUAGAAAAGUGAUUUCAAAGGCAAAUCUCUGCAAGUGAAAACAUCUUCAAAUCUGGACUCAUCAAUAGAGGGAUAGGACUUGAUCAAUUCCACAAACACAUUCUUGUACUGCGAUUGUCAUGACUAAAUAAUUCAAUCGUGGCAGAUUUUCUCCUCCCUAUUUUAAAUAAAUCAGAUAUAUCUACAGUCUCUCUCCGGCUGGGGGAGAUUUCAGUGUUUUAUAUGUCCUAUGUGGCUUCUAUGCUAAACCAGAUAUUUUAAACUUGGUCAUGCUCUUCUGAGGAAUUAGUCUACAUAACCAGAAACUAUGACUCGGCAGAUUAUGAGCACAAACCACUAGAGGUUUGAAGCAGAAGUUAUUUUGGAUUGUAAAGUGUAUUUUAUAAUGUUCCUACAGAUUUAAAAAGAAACAAAAUAAAUAAAUGGAUCUCCAGAUGGAGAGUGAAUAAA